AUGACUAGCAACGAUCUCAUCCCCCCAGAGCUGUUGCUGUGCAUUCCGACCCCAUCGGUUCCUUCGGAGUAUUUCGAUACCGGAAAACUUAUCCUAACAGUCGAGCAAGCGGAGAAGCUCCGCGACACGUAUUUUCAGGAUGUGGCAUUUUACAUCGAGUCUAAUGCUGUCGACACAGAUCGGGAGCUGGUCCCGGCGGUGGAGUGGGGGCUGCGGCUUUACAACGCGGAAAACUUUACCGGCGAACUCUGCCCAUCCGAACGUGAACAUUUACGCGCCGUCUAUGAACGGUUUGGCGCGGCAGCACUUCUUCCAUUGCUUCCCCCUCUCGCUUCCUCAACGGAAGGUGGAGCGAAUGGUGAUGCGGAUGAAGGGCACGCUAAAGGUCCACCCAGCGUCAAUGAAGCCUUAUUGCAUGAAACGUUCCUGCAGAGGCUUUUGACGAGUGAUGGCGAGAUGCCUAUACCGUGUACCCGGAUGAGCGGUCUCUUGCUGUGCCUCAUAGCGAUCAUCACGUCCAACGUUAAUGGCAAUGGGGCCUCUCCGAGGCCGCGUUUUCCAUACACCAGCCCAUGGCGAUUGCGCACCCAUUUUCGCCACCAACUUUGCUUGCAGCGUCGUGCGCAUCACGUGUUUUUGGAGCUCUCUGCAUGCGUCGAUGCGAUUCUGUCGCAGCCGGAGGAGACGAUAACGGUGGAGGCCCUAUUGGAGGUGGGCCACGUCCAGAGCUACUACCACCGCCGUGAGCUCGCCGCAGACACCUUCCAACGCGCCGCGAAGCGGAGUGGGUUAAUGCUUGAGGAGGAGGCUAUCAUGGGCGUGCGCACCCGAUGGCAGCGACAUCAGCUUGUGCAGGCCGUGCUCAACGCGACGAGUUCUCGCCCCGUCCCGCAGGACUCGACCACGGAAGAGCAGCCUCACACGGUAAUGCCCGAGGCGGAGGGCCACGAUCUCCUUGAUCGCCCGCGGGGGAUGCCGGAGUCGGAGCCACUUCCCGUCGUGGCGCUUCAUCCGGAAGACAAGGCGAUCCUCCUCGCCUUCUGCAUGGAUGCCCAAAGCUGGGGUCCGAGCCACGACCUCGCCCGCCACCGCACGCAGCUCUUUGUGGAGCGGUUGAUCGUCGAUCCAUCGCCAUCGCCGUUCGUUGUGCGCUGCCAAACGCUGCUGGAGCGCGCGCGGUUGGAGGUUCAUCGGAAUCGUGUUCGCGAGCGUGCCUUCAUGCAGUUCUCGGAAUUGGUCGACCAGUGCACGGCCAGGCGCGAUCCGAACCACGCUAAUUUUGCGCGCACAAAUAGUAGCUAUUUUUACAGCGUCGCGUACCCGUCGAUGUGGUCUCUUAAAACGGAGUACGCAGACCUAUGUUUUGAGGAGAAUUUGUAUAAAACUGCACUUGAUAUUUACGAGCAGGUUCUUGACUGGGAGAAGAUCAUCGAGUGCUGCAAGAAACUGGAUAAGCGCCGCAGGGUCGAGUCGCUGGUGCGCGAGCUGCUGGAAAAGGAUCCCCAAAACCCAGUCUUGUGGGUUGCGUUGGGCGAGGCGACCCGCGACGAUGCGCAUCUGUGGAAGGCAUGGGAGCUUUCACAGCACAAGAUGGCGUCGCCGAUGCGCGCACUUGCUCGCCUCGCGUUGGAGCGGAAAAACUAUGAAGAUGUAGUUCGCUACUUUGACGAGGCCGUACGCAUCAACCCGGUCUUUGGUGGGGACUGGUUCACGUUGGGCUACGCAUCUCUGAAGCUCCGGCUGUGGGGACGUAGUGGGGAGGCCUUCACACGCGUCUGCCAGAUCGACCCCGAGGAUGCAUUCGCGUGGAAUAAUUUGGCCUCGAUUAUGCUCCGCGAGAAUAAGCCCCGUCUCGCUUUUAACGCGAUGAGCCAGGCACUACGCAAUAACCGCCGCGACUGGCGCAUGUGGUUAAACUAUUUUCAUAUCGGCACCCAGCUUAAGGAGGUCCUGGAGACCACGAACGCGCUUGGCAUUGUACUUGAAAUCGGCAAGCGAAGCGUUAGCCUGGAUAGCGAUGUCAUGGAUAUGUUCGUAGACAACACGAUUGCUUACCUCAAGGGCGACAUCCCAGGCGCUCCUGCGGAGAUUGCCGGCGAGGGCGAAGAAAUGCAGCCGGACGCGGUGCGAUUUAAAAGUAUCACGAACACAAGUAUGACUUCGAUCCAGGCCGACAUCGCGCACGUCCCGAUACGCGUCGAUGAUUUCACUGUGGAUGGCAGUAGUGGCGAGCUCGCGGGUGAGGGGGAUGCGGCGGCGUGCGCGAGUUUGUUGCCGCUCGGCCUGGACUCGGAGGACAUGGAGGCGUGGAAAUGGAGCUCGGCCAAGGGGCUACAGGACGAAGACAACGCCGUGGUGCAGGCUGAGAUCCGCAAGCGUCAUGAAAAGCGCGUCCGGGAUCUCUUUGCGCGGCUUCUCGAUAAUUUUGUGUCCGACCCGGAUCUUUACAGCUGCACGGCGCGUCUUUUCCGCUACCUUGAUGGCCCCUCCGCGGCCCAUCACUAUCGCGUGAAGGAGCUGCGCGCGUGUCGGCAGAAGGAUCAGUGGGAGCGCAGCGAUAAAUUAUUCCAGCGCACCGUAAGGUGCUUGGAGGGGAUGGUCGAUGAUGUGGUGGCGAUGGUGGAGGUCAAAAGCGAAGCCCCGCAGGCAUCUGUUACUCGAGAGCCUGCUACCGAUCCUGAACGGGUGGAGUCCGGCGACUCUGUAGAUCAUCGGGUUUUCGUAACGGCUGAAUCUCCUAUCGACGAUAUGGCCUUGCGACCGAUCCGACAGGACUCUUCAGGAGUUUCUGAAGGGGAGGCCUCAUCACGGAAGUCCGCGAUUCAUGCCCUAGAGGAGACUUUACAAAACAUAAGGGCCGUCUUGAGCUCUACGGAGGAGUAUAUGGAGUCCACAGAAGGAUACGCGCGGCUUCGCGGGCUCGCCGGCCGUGUGAGGGCCGUUCUCGAGGCAGUGAAGUCACCCACCCUUUGA